AUGGCAGCCUCCGCCGCCUCGCAGAGGCCCAUCAAGGGGAUCCUGAAGAACAAAACUUCCGCGGCUUCCUCUGUGGUGGCUCCUGCCGAACAGCCUGGAGGGGCUAUGGAGGAGGCGAUGCGAAAAAAAUCCCAGAAGUGGGACGAAUCGAACAUCCUGGCGACGUACCGCCCGGCAUGUAAAGACUAUGGUUUAAUGAAGAUGAAUAAGCCGAGUACUCCUUACCUUGCUACGCUAGACGAUGGUGAAGAUCCAGUGAAUGAUUCAGAGACAUGGGAAGCCACGACCCCAGACCUGAUAGCUAAGAAACGAGCCGCCAGUGAAACCUCGGAGCCCAAGGCGGAGGAACAAGAGAGUACCGGGGAAGAGAACCUUAACAUCCCACUUGAUAAAGAGGAAAAACGGCGGCAGUUUGAAAUGAAAAGGAAGCUUCACUACAAUGAAGGACUGAACAUUAAAUUUGCUAGGCAAUUGAUUUCAAAAGACCUACAAGCUGAGGAGGAUGAAAAUGAAGAAAGUCCGCAUGCUGCAGAUGAAGAAAGCACUGCUGCAGAAGACUCAAAAGAAGACUCAAAUGAAGGCUCUACAAGUGAUUAA